AUGUCAACCCAUACUGAACUCCCUCCCAACACUUCUGAGCCGCCAAAAAGGGCAUCGCAAGAGCUCGCAGAGCCCGCAGAGCCCGUUGGGUCCAUGGGCCCUCUAUCCUCAAGCGGUCUCACCCUCCAAGUCGAUUUCGCUUGGUCAAAGUUCCGCAACGUAGUAGCUUCUAAAGGUGUUGAUCAACAGCUCACGCCGCUCUACGUUCAGCAUUUCCGCCCUGCAAAGCCUCAGUUGCGCUUCGAGCGCGCGUCAGAUCAGACCAUCAUCGCGAAAGGCACCAUUCGUAAGUCUGCCUAUAGUACAUCUAAGACACACUCUGACUCAGUACUCCGACGUUUAGACAGUUUCUCCAUCAGUGGCGAUUGCAUCAUCCAUGGCCAAGAAGUCAUUUUGAAGCCACUGAAACGCUGGAAGACCAAGUACAACUACCUCUCGCAUGCGCUUGGCGGCAUCCCUAUUACCUGGACCGCCAAUUCUACCAUGAAAGUCUGGGAUUUCGUAUGCAUAAACUCCGCGACCCAGGAAUCUAUCGCCAAGUUCAGCGUCAAUCUAUGGGCAAUGAAGCAAGUCGGCAACUUCUACUUUGAGGAGACAGAAGAGGAGGUUACGGAGGCUCUGAGAGACGAAGUUGUUGUCACAGGACUUACUCUGCUCUAUCUUAUGAUGACAAGGAUGAACAAUCCGAUUCAUUUGCUUGGUGCUGCCUUUGCGAAGCCAGGGAAGGUUGAGGGCGAUGGGAAUGAAGGUGCGGUAGCACAGGAGAAUGAGCCGUCAACUGGCAAAGCAAAAAUCAUUUGA